CGCCGUCACUCGGAGCCGUCACCGUGAAGUUAGUUGGUAAACACUGAACUAUAGUUCAUUGUUGCUAACCAAUAUUCAUGUCAGUCAUGGCAGCAACUGUUGCAGAGAAGCUGGGUGAGGAAGCUGCAUUACCUGGAAAAACUGGCACCAGGCAUGACCUGGAGAAGGAGACAGAACUUCGGUUUGAAGUGGAGGCAGGUGAAGGAGCAGAGCAAGUUGAAAUGGAGCUACUCACAGGAAUGGCGGAGGUCUUUGGCUCAGAGCUCAACCGUAACAAGAAGUACACAUUUGGACCAGGCUCUAAGAUAGCUGUUUUCACUUGGCAUGGCUGCAGCAUAAACCUAUAUGGAAAACCAGAGGUAGUAUACAUCUCCAAGGAUACCCCUAUGCUGCUCUACCUGAACACACAUGCUGCACUGGAACAGAUGAGAAAACAAGCAGAACGUGACAAUGAGAGAGGACCAAGAGUGAUGGUGGUGGGUCCUACAGAUGUUGGAAAGUCAACAGUGUGCCGAUUGCUACUGAGUUAUGCUGUCAGAGUUGGCAGGAGGCCUACACUGGUGGAACUGGAUGUUGGACAGAGUGGGGUGUCUCUGCCGGGGACAGUGUCGGCUCUGUGCAUUGAACGUCCAGCAGAUGUAGAAGAAGGUUUUUCAGUCCAGGCUCCUUUGGUAUACCACUUUGGUUCCACCACCCCAGGAACGAACAUCAAACUUUACAAUAAAUUGACAACCUGCCUGGCUGAGGUGUUUUCACAGCGCUGCGAGGUGAACAGGAAAGCCAGCGUGGGAGGCUGCAUCAUCAACACCUGCGGCUGGGUGAAGGGUUCUGGGUACCAAGCUUUGGUCCACUGUGCCUCCGCCUUUGAGGUGGACGUGGUUCUUGUGCUGGACCAUGAGAGACUGUACAAUGAACUCAAACGAGACCUUCCACACUUUGUCAGAGUCGUCCUCUUACCUAAGAGUGGGGGGGUGGUGGAGCGAUCCAAGGAGUGCCGUCGGGAAUCUCGGGAUGAUAAGAUUCGUGAGUAUUUCUACGGCUUCCGUGGGUCAUCUUUCUUUCCCUUUUCUUUUGAACUGCGUUUCUCCGACGUCCGCAUCUACAAAAUUGGCGCACCAUCCAUCCCCGACUCGUGCCUGCCGCUGGGAAUGUCUCAGGACGAUACACAGCUGAAGCUGGUGCCUGUGACACCGGGGAGAGACCUCACGUAUCACGUGCUCAGCAUAAGCAGUGCAGAGGAUGGAGAAGACGGUGCCAGAAAGGAAAUAGUGGAGAGCCCUGUGUGCGGCUUCAUUGUGGUGACACAUGUGGACACUCAAGUACAAGUGAUGAAAGUCUUGUCUCCGGCACCCAGACCUCUGCCCAGACACACACUCCUUAUCAUGGACAUUCGCUUUAUGGACAUGAAGUGAGUGACACUUGAAGAUGGAGUCGAUAAAUAAACGGAUCUGUUUGACCAGGAAAUGCAAAACAAAAGGAGGGUAAAUGCUGUAAAACCUGACUGUUUGACAAAACCGAUUGACUUAAACUGUUUAAGUUUAAUUAACUCAAAUGAUGCAAGCAUCAGUAGCUACAUUAGUUAAAAUAAAAUUGGUUUAUUUGUGUUCUAUUAAUUCUGUCUAAUAUAUUGAACUGAAUAGCUUGACUUGUUUUCCUUUUGUUCGUAACAUUCCUCGACCUGAAAUAUCUCUGCUUAUUAUUAUGUGAGUUAGUGAAAUGUAAACAAGCAUGCUGGUUACAGUAGCACACAUGCUGGGUCACAGCAUGCCAAGGUAGCAUGGCCAGUUCCUUUUUUUGCUGCCUUAUAUCUUCCAAACUAUGAAUCAGGUGCUGUAUUACUGCUUGGUAGGCAAGAGGGUGGCAUCAGGUGCCAGUCCCAGCCAGGACGUGUACUAGUAACCUUCCGCACAGGUCAGUACUUUAAUCACUGAGCCACCACCAAGGUAUUCAAUUAAAAAUGUUUUUACAGCCAGGUGCGUAUUCAUGCACACAAUUUUUGAGGCCAUGAGCAAUUUUGGAUUUACUGUCUUGUAUGAGGACAUUGUUGUAGAUAACUGGUUAGGAAUCGAUCCAUUGACCUCUUCCUGAACGAAACCGGCUCUCCCACAUGAACUGUGAUGGGCAAAAGUGUCUUCAUUCCACACAAUACUACCUGAUGUUUGUUUUUUUAAUUUGGGAUAUCAUACACUCUGAUACUGCUCAGUAAUCUAUAAAAUAAACUGACAGAAAAUGUGAUCACCGUCCAGAAUAAGAUAUGAGUAAAAUAAAGGGGAAAAUGAAGAUUUACAUAAAAUGAAAACCUAAAUCAUAAGUAUCUAACUAAAUAAAACAUUGGUGCAAAAAUGAUAGACCCUUUGGUGACUUUGGAUCACGUGGGAGAGCAAGUUGCCCACAAACUGAAAAAUUGGUUGACUGAUUCCUCUCUGGUUCUGGAACUGAAAGUAUCCCUGAGCAAUACAUGUAAGAAAAGAAGAAAAAAAAAACCCUCACUUUAUUCCUGGUAGUCAUCUGAUCAAAACUGUGGAGGGUUAGCAU